UCGCAGACCUUCUUCCUGACCACCCACAACCACAGCCUCAAGCUUGCUGCUCAUCCGAAGCGGGGCCGAGGCGUCUAUGCCACCAAGACCAUCCCCGCCAACACCCUCGUCGACAUCUCGCCCAUCCUUUUCUUCACACCGGAAGAGUACCAGGCGCACGGGCGACACACCAUCCUGGACCACUACACCUACAAGUGGCAGAAUGGCUCCAUGGCCCUGGCGCUCGGCCUCGGAUCGCUCUUCAAUCACUCGUCGCGGUGUCAGAACGUUGGAUUCAUCCGUGACUUUGAGCAUUCGUGCAUCAAAUACUACACCCUGAGGGACAUUCAGCCGGAGCAGGAGCUGUUCAUAUCAUAUGGCGACCAUCUGUGGUUCGAC